CAAACAACGUAGUUUCGCGAAAAUCCCCUUCGCCCUUCGGGUUGUCGUCAUCGCGUUUGUGCUGGGCACUGUGGAAAAAGCAAGCAAAUAUGUUUUAACUGAAUCGUGGAGUAAGGUUGGCAUGCUAAAUUGUCCGCCGCUGGGAUUCGAAAUUCGGGAAAUUGUUGCCUUUCAUCUCCAAGCCUUGCCAGCAUCGUCGUUGUCCAAACGACUAGACCACAUCCUGUGCCGUGUCCAUCACCGUUCCAACCACUCUUCUCGCGGCCUAGGAGGGCGCUUGACGGGGGCAGGGAUUGAUUGUUUUGGCGGCACGCGAUUAGUGAUAACAUUGAUUUAUGUUUUAAAGCUUGAAAAGUGCUCGCGGUGAUAGCCUAGAACUGGAACUUGUAGAAAACCAGCAUGGGAAACCAUCACAGUUCCAUCUCGAACGGCACAAGUAACCUAAAAACGAAAGCCACAGGAAACGGAGAUCAGACAGCUGAAAAUGGCACGGUCGCUGGUACCCGUGGUAUGACGCGUACAGCCAGCGGGGCGGAUAUUCAGGAUCGUUCGCAAACGCAGUUCGCACCAAUCGAAAAGCUUGGUCGGAUAUUAGCGAAAAAAAGCGAGGAGCAACAUCGGACACACCAAGGCAUUACCGGUGAUAUAUUCGCGCGCCACGUAUUUCCAAAAUAUCCGGAUUUAGGUCUGAAGCUGUUUCGCUACCUGCGCCAUAUGAGCCACGCCAAAACGGAACACCUCGGGCUAGUGGCGUUCAGGCAACAGUGUGAAAAAUUUCUCGGCCUUCUCGACGAUUCUGUCAUCCUGGAGAGCUAUGUGCGUAUGUUUGGCGAUCUAAACGAGGGCGAACUGAUUAAGCCGGAAAAUCUGAAGAGUUUGCUACGAACUUGCUACAACCUGGCGAUGGCACACUACUCGGACGGACCGCAAACGUGUCUUUUGACAGAUGACGACGACGUUUCGCUUAACCGCACGCUCGAUUCCGUGGUGCAGUCCUGUUUCUUUUCGAAGGAAUCGCUCAGUCCUGGCUAUAUUUGCCGCUGGUUGGAGAACAACGUGCCACGGUUGGUACCUCCGAUUCACAAGUACUGUGUGCAUGCCCUCAGCACGUCCCACCGGACAAUCAUCGACAACAGUAUGACGAGUAACAGUGAAACAGUUGUCUCGAUCAGUGCCAUCAAUGCGGGUGAAGCGAGCUACGGGCUCGAGCUGCAAACACCCAUCCUCGAGAAGGUGAAUCCUUUCGCCAAGGAGCAUGCUACGGGAUCGGUAACCGGUGGCAGUGGACCGGCGUCUGGUAAACCGCUCACCAACGAAGAGCGAGAACGGUUGAAAAACCAGCAACCACUGUUACCAUUGUCCGAGGCGUGGCUACUUGCCGGGUCGUUGCCACCGCUCUACAGCAAGCCCCAGUCCGUCCCGGCACCGGUUAACCCAAAUUCGGCAAAUCUGACGUCACACAUAUUCCUUGCGAAACUACUGUCGUUGGUGCCGUCUCACUGGACUUCGCUGUACGACUCGCGCCUCGACGGUGCUGGAACAAAUCGCUUCCUGCACCACGUGCUCGGUUAUCGUGGUCCAAAUCUAAUCCUGUUCCGCUGCGAGGACGAUCUACUGUUCUGCGUCGCAAACCCGAACGAAUGGCGUGAAACGCACCUCUACACAGGAGAUGAAGGUAGCUGUUGCCUGCAGUUGCUUCCAAAAUUUCAGAUGUUGGAAAAGAAGCCCAAGAGCCUCUACCUUAAUACGCAUAUCCGCGGCUACCCGAAGGGGUUACGGGCUGGUUCCGAUCCGCGGAAGCCGAUCCUUAUUGUCGACGAACACUUCGAGCGACUAGAGUAUCGCUCACUGCUACACCGCAUACUGUCGAUCGAGGUUUGGGGAUGCGGUGAUCAGCAGCAACGCGACGUACAGCUCGAUAUCAAACGGUGGCAAAUCCGGGAAGCGGAAAGGCAGCGAACGGUCAAAAUGACUGCCGCAGACUGGAUGGACCAUCCAGAUCGCUAUCUACUCGAGCUGGGCGGGCGUCAGAACUACAACAAUUCGUCCACGUAGUAGAGGACAGUCGCUAUGUUGUAGCUAACAGAAGGUUUCGUACGUACACUAAAAGUAUGAAUACUUUUGAACGGUGCAGCAUACGGAAGUAGGGGACGAAGAUACGAGUAAUACACAAGGUUUUUUUUCAUUUGCUGGAAAGCAUACCACUUAAAUAUUGUGCGCGCAAUCGGAGGCAACAAGCGCAACAAAGUACUUAGUAUUUUAUUGUAUUGCGUUUUCCGUUUCCCAGAUUCCACGAUGAUCGGACCGGAAGUGCGUCGCGUUUUCUAUGUUCAAGGUGCGUCAAAAUUUUACCUAAUAAGACAAAACAGAACUAACGAUACUUAAGCCAACGUGUUUACAUCUGUAGAAACAUUGUGGCGGUUACUUUCAAACUGGUACUAAAACUAAAUAGCAAAUGCGCUUCAACAUGUUAGCCGAGGGGGCGAUUUUGUCAAGGCGUUCACCGCGAGUGUACUUAUUGUUGAUUUCGCACAAUUCUGCUCGGCUCGGGAUUUACUCUUAUCGGAGGAGGUAAAACGAAACGGUGCUAGAAUGUGAUCCGUUCCCCACUUUAUGUAGACAAAUAUAAAUCGAAACUAUUGGCUAAAAGACACGGACAGACACACACACUCGUUCUAAUGGCGUACGAUGGAAGCGGAUGGCGAAGGCAAAGCACUAUUUUUAGGCAAGUGUUGUUUAUAAGCAGCUUAUUUACGGACGUUGUCGGUUAAUCGUGCCACUAUGUAUCCAGUGUUUUUUGGUGCACAUUUCGCUUUUCAUAUUAUCUUUGUUUACUUGUUUUCGCUCGGUGCUCGUGUGAGGCGCAGAGAGAAUUAAUGGAGCGACCAUUAUUGAGAGAAUUGACAAUAAAAUGGCAAA